UGUAUACAGGAAUUUGAAAAGAUUUCGACUGCAGUCGCAUGCAAUCCUGUGCGAGAAUGAGUGCAUCAGAGGAAAAUCCUUUGUCAAUUAGAGACUCGGUGCUAGAAGUGCUUCAAAAACACGACGUAAUAGAUUGCGAGAUAUCUCUAGAAGGCACUACGGAAAAAGGUGAUGGUUAUCUGGGCGACAUAACCUUUAUUCAUGUAACCGCUGUAAAGGAAAAUGGGAAAUCUAAAAACUAUGAUAUGGUCGUGAAAGCGGGAAAACCAAGCAAAGAGUUGCGCAAUAAAUUUCCCGUACGUGUGGCGUUCGAAAGGGAAAUUCACAUGUACAGCAAAGUGUUUCCCAGUUUCCAGCAGUUCGUCAAAGAAAAGAAAGUUGAACCGUUCCAGUUUGUGGCCGAAUGUUUUGGUACACUGUUAUCCGAAGAUAUGGAAAUUAUAUUCUGUCAGAAUUUGAAAAAAAUAGGUUACGAACUCCAUGACCGAUUCACACCCUGUAAUAUGGACCAUAUGAAAUUAACCCUAGAAAGUUAUGGAAAAUAUCACGCGAUUUCUUUCGCGAUGCGCGAGCAACAACCUGAGAUAUUUAAGAAGCUGUCAGAAAUGGAAUGCGUAUGGUCGGCUUUUGCUGCGUCGGAGACCUUUCCACCCAUGUUAAAGCAGGUGGAGAAACAUCUUUAUGAAAUUCUGGAAGAAAGUAAAGAGAUAGAAAUGCUCAGAAAAUUCAAAGAGCGAUUCACUGGGGACUUCGAACAAACCUGGAGAAAUUUAAUAACCGCGUACGAAGAACGAAGCGUGAUCACUCACGGAGAUUGUUGGAACAAUAAUUUCAUGUUUAAAUACGACACCACAGACUUUACCAAAUCAUCCCCGACAAAAGUUGUGAUGCUGGAUUUUCAAAUUUCCAAAUUGGCCAGUCCCGUUCUUGACCUGGCGUAUCAUAUUUGUGCCGUAAUCGCACCAACCGAUUCAGCUAAUUUAAAAGAGCUUUUGGGUAUUUACUACAGGUCCCUAUCAGAUUACUUGCGUCAAUUGGGAAGCAACCCAGACAUUGCAUUUCCCUACUCGUCUCUGAUCGAACAGUGGCGUAAAUACUCAUUAAUUGGCAUUUUUUUUGUCGGUAUGGUAUUGCCGAUCAUUUUGCUGGACAAAUCCGAUGCGAUGAAUGUGGAAGAUUUUGACGAGAAUACAUUCAUGGAUUUAACAAAAAAGGUGCAAGGAAAACACAAAACCCAGUUAAACGAAAGGAUCAUUGCCGCUUUCAGAUUGGUUCUGGAAGAGAAAGUAUAAGUGGUAUUUCUUGAGUCACUCAAAUAAGUAUCACGAGAUUAACAAAGAGUUCUAGGAAUUCAAAUAGUAUUCUCUGCACAAAAUAUCUUCAGUAUCAUGGAAUGGCUGUUGCUUGACAUUGAUGUCUAAAGAAACUAGAGAAGCUUAAUAAAAACAAUAAAUCACUAGUUAAUUAACAAAGUAGCGAAAAACUUAACCAUUACUAUUACAAAAUCUGAUUAGUCUCUUGUUCAGUUGUCUAUACAAAAUUAUUUAAAAUGUAAUUAUAACUAUCGGACAUUUUAUUUAGCUUAUUUCAAACGUAACUCUACAUGUUUUACAUUUUGUGAACUUACACAAAAGUAUUUGUUCUCGAAAAGUUGUAAUUUCUAGUUUGUAAUAAUAACUGAUUGUGGUCCCAUGACAAACCAACCAACAUAAAUGUUAAUAUAUGAAAUAAAAAUAAAUAACUUAAAUCUUAACUCUGUUCAUUUUUAAAAUUUGAUUGUUGUAUCAACUUUUUUUAUAAUAAAAUGUAUAUCUUUUAA